UUAGCUGGGAGGAGAAGGGUCGCUCCGUCGCCUGGGUGGGGUCGGAGAAGGCAGCAAUUGCAGACUGCAAAAAAAAGAGAGAGAGAGAAACCACACACGGCCAUUGCCCAUCGCAGCCGGAGUGUGCCCUUGGCAAGAGCCAAGCAAGGCAAGGGUGAGACGUGGCAGCAAGCAAGCAAGCAAGGGCUUGGGGGGGGUUGCCUUGAAUGCUCCCUCCCUCUCUCUCCCACCCCCCUGUGCCUUUGCCAUUUGCAAUCUCCCUUCUCAUUCCUCCUCCUCCCUUGCAAGAAAGAAAAAAAAGCAACCAAGACUCGCCGAGCCAGUUUGCAAAAGCCUCAAGUCAGUUUGCAACAAAAAAAAAGGAAAAACCUCGUUGCCAAAGAGAAAGCAGGUUUUCCCCCAGAGCGCAGCUGCUGCACCUUUAAGAGAAGGGAGGGACCCCUGUCUUUUCUGCUGCUUCUCUCUCUCUCUCUCUCUCUCUUUUUUUUUUUUACCCUGAGAGCAACCAGGAAGGGAGUUCACGGCAUCAUACGGGGCUUUGCAUCUACUGUUACAGUAGGGGCAGGAACAGCAGAAGGAGAGGAGAGGAGAGAGAGAGGGAGAGAGAAAAAGAGGAAAAAAGGGAGGGAGGGAGGCAGGCAGGCAGGCCGGCCGGACGGGCAGAAGCUGCUCAGGAAUUGACUCCAAACUCCAGGCGCCCCCCCUUUCCUCCUCCUCCUCCUCUUCCUGGGCCCCCCCACACCUUCAGGACCAACAAGCCCCCUGGUGUUAGCAUGGAGGGCGGUGUGGACGGCCCCAUCGGAAUCCCCUUCCCCGACCACAGCAGUGACAUCUUGAGCAGCCUGAAUGAGCAGAGGAACCACGGCCUGCUCUGCGACGUGGUGAUCCUGGUGGACGGGCAGGAGUUCCCCACGCACCGCUCGGUCCUGGCGGCCUGCAGCCAGUACUUCAAGAAGCUCUUCACCUCAGGUCUCGUGGUCGACCAGCAGAACGUGUACGAGAUAGACUUUGUGAGCGCCGACGCCCUCUCGUCCCUGCUGGAGUUUGCCUACACGGCCACCCUUACCGUCAGCACUUCGAACGUCGGCGAGAUCCUCAACGCCGCCACGCUGCUAGAGAUCCAGGCGGUCAGGGACGUUUGCACGGAUCUGCUGGACAGGAAGAUUCUGGCCAAGCACGACCAGAUGGAUACAGUAGAUCAAAUUGAUCAAAGGAACCAUCUCAGAGCGAAAGAAUACCUGGAGUUUUUUCAGAGCAACCCCAUCAACGGGCAGCAGGGCACGUACCCGUGGACCAACCCGGACUUGAGGGACCUCCAGCGGCUCGGCUUCCGGGGCCCGGAGGUCAAGGAGGAGCCGGACUGCAACGGCAUGGACUUCUACACUCAGGCCGCCCUCAGCGACAGACCAAAGGCGAACGACGGCGACCCCGACGGCAAGAUGUGGCUGGACCCCGAGGAGGCGAAGGCGGCUGCCGCCCAGGGACCCUUGUUCCCCGCCUCGCAGAACGGACAGUACGGCGGGCACGGCCUGGCCACGGCGUCUGGGGAGGACGAGGCGGCGGCUCAACUGGACCAGCAGGAGGCGGGGGACUCCCCCGCCUUCGCCCCCGGGGAGGGCGAGGAGGCCGACGCCCGGGAAAUGGACGGCCUGGCCGCCAGCGCCCUCCUGCAGCAGAUGAUCAAUUCCGUGGGGCGGCAGCAGCUGGCCGAGGACGACCGCAAGGACGACGACGGAGUCAUGGAUUAUUACUUGAAAUACUUUAGCACUUCCCAAGAGGGCGGCGAGUACCCGUCCUGGUCCCACAAGUCGGAGAAGAAGAUCCGGGCGAAAGCAUUCCAGAAGUGCCCCAUCUGCGAUAAGGUGAUCCAGGGGGCGGGCAAGCUCCCACGCCACAUCCGGACCCACACAGGAGAGAAGCCGUAUGAAUGUAACAUUUGCAAAGUUCGGUUUACGAGGCAGGACAAGCUGAAGGUUCACAUGAGGAAACAUACCGGCGAGAAGCCCUACCUGUGCCAGCAGUGUGGGGCGGCUUUUGCCCACAACUACGACCUGAAGAACCACAUGCGCGUCCACACGGGCCUGCGCCCCUACCAGUGCGAGAGCUGCUUCAAGACUUUCGUGCGCUCCGACCACUUACACCGGCACCUUAAGAAGGAUGGCUGCAACGGGAUCCCUUCCCGGAGGGGGCGCAAGCCCCGAGUGAGAGAUGCGUCCGCCCCUCCCGCCCCAGCUUCCAACCCCGACGAUGGGAGCCUUGCGGGUGGUGAGGAGGAGGCCCAUGAAACGCAGGAUGCGACUGCGCCGCAGGACGGCUUAGAACAGCACUUUGACGAGAGUUCGAGCGCCAAAGCGGCGUCGGGGAGUUUGAAUGUAGGGGGGGAGAAGUCCGAGGGCGAAACGCAAGAACUCUCCUAAAAAAAAAAACCAAAAAGAAAAGGAAAGAAACCCGAAACGAGAAAAAAAAAGGUGUCACAAAAUCUAGUUAUAACUUUCCUCCAGUUCCUCUUUUAAAAUAUGGUUUCCUCGCUCUUUUUGGGGGCGAGGAAAAGAAUAGCCUUAUAAGUCUAUAAUAUAUAUAUAUAUAUCUUGUUUGUGAUCUUCCCCAUAAUAAUAGGCAGUUCGUUGUACCCCUCUCGUUAGCCGCAGAUUAAUUUUGAAGGUUUUUGUUUUUUCUGCCCGGGGGUGGGGGUGGGGUGGGGGAGAUGUUUAGAGGAAAAGGUUUGGAAACCGGGUUGGAGGGGAAGAGAGAGGGUCUAUUAAAUACAAGACGAAGCUUCCAGAGUUUUUAGUUUGUUAAACGUUUUAAAACAUAUAUAUAUGUGUAUAUAUAAAUAUAUAUUAUAUUGGAGAUUUUAUCUAUUUUAGCAAGCAUAAUGUUCCAAAGGAACAAAAAAAGCAGGGAGAUAAAUUGUGUUGGCGGCUUGAGGAAUCAAUGAAUUGGUGGGGUGGGCUGGGGUGGGGGGAAACUUCUUCUUCCUCUCCCCACCCCCCUAGCCUCCCCACCCCCCAUCCUGAAGGUGCUCAUUUUUUUUCCAGAUAAUGCCCAUGGAGCUUUUAAGUUUUCUCAAGGGUUUUGUUUUGUAGUGGGGUAGCAAAUUUUGGAGGAAGACCUUUCAGCCUCUGGGUUCCUGGCGCUGUCUAAAUGCAAAUCUCUGGGCCACUGACUCUCCCUCUGUACGAGUCUUGGAAGACUUUGGGGGGGGGGUCACAUUCUUGAUUUUUCCAUUGCAAGAUCCCAUAAAUCCAUCCUUGCAAAUCGACGGAGGUGGAUUUCCUGUGCUGCAAAUUUAGGCCGGUUAAAAUUUUAUUUUUUGAAAGGCUCGCAGAUUUUUAAAUAAUCUGUUCGCCAUUCCUGCUGGGCGGACGCAGACCCCCAACCCCUGGUCGUAAAAGGGGUGGGGUGAGGAGGCUGCGCCGGCAGCUCUCCCACCCAAGCACGUCGAGGCUAGAAUUCACCUACGUUAGUAGGUGUCAAAUUUAUCCCGUCGGCAGCAUAGAAUUGUGCGGCCCCAUCGCUUAGCUUGCAAACUGCAGUUCUCAAACCAGUGGAAGGCAAUUUCUCCCACAUCUGCUGGUUCAAGGAUAUCCCCAGCCCCUCUUGGCUCGCAAAUUCCGAAUCGUUCAUCUGGUCCACAUUCGACUUGGCUUCUGUUAAAGAUCUCCCCUCCCCCCUCCCCCCCCCAGCAUUUGAGUCAUCAAUUGGCCUGACUCUGCUGGAGACUCUGAUCCAACCUGCCAACAACUUUUGUUGAUUAAAAGUUUGCUAUUUAGCAUUGCUCCAGUGGCAUUUUGUGUGCCCUGUGGAAUGAAACCAAAUUUCGUUCGCGGGUAAAGUAAGUUGCCGCACAAAUAAAAGAGUCGGGGCUGUCUCUACUCAGGGCUGAACCCAUUUAAAUUGAGGGUCAUGUCUAACUCGGGCUCAUUAAUUUCUACUCUGAGUAGAAUUUGGCUGGAAACAGCCCUUUCGGGUUCAACAAUUCGCUGUUGCAGUCCUUAAACACAGCACGGUGCCUCUUCCAGCCUGCAAAACGCAUAUUGCAUAUUUAAGGGCAUAUUGUAACUAGACCUUAUGCUUUGCAGGCAGGAAAUUGCCCCGCAUGGCCCAACUUUCUAAAAUUCCCCUCUCCCCUGUGUGCUGACCUUGAUUAUAAAUCACCCUUGCGGGAAACCUUAGUUCCAGUAACACAAGGAUUUGGGCUGGCCGCUGUGGGAAAUGCUCUCUUUUGAGUGCAGAAAACCUGGAGCUAUUGCACCUUGACUUAAAAGCUUCCCGGGUAAAAAGAACAGGACUCCUUUAAAGGGUUGCAGGAGGGUUGCGGGAGCUUGUGAUGACUUUAGCCUCCCUGCAGGGAUUGCAUUUUUGACCUCCUUGAGCACCUCAGGUUGGGGGGAGUCCUCCCUUUCCACCCCACGGGGCUCUUGCGUGUGUGAACAUGCCAAGAGUUCUCAUGGGGGGGCUUGCUGGCAGAAGGGCAAAAUAGGCAUGGCGGGGGGAAUUUGCAAGGAGCAGCCAUGAAACUUAGUUGGUGGCAAUGCUAUGGGUUCGGGCGGCCUCUGUGUCCAGAGUCCCUCUCUCUUUUUUGUUCAGUGGGGGGCAGUUCCCUGUGCCCCGUCCCCCCCUUCACCCCCAGUCCUCCUGCCCCGCAGAUGCCUAGCACAAAAAAGCAAGCCAGGGCCAGCCAACGCACUGAAAUGAAAUUGGGGGUUAGUCAAGUAGGAUGUAGCCUCCUCUCCCGCUUACGCCCCCUGAGUUAUUGAGAUUUUACGGAACCUCUCUAAAAAAAGAAAAGAAAAAGGGGGUAUUGGUUUGGACCAAGGUGAGGUUUGUGGUCCAAGCUGUUUUCUGUGGUGACCCACCCCGAAUCCUGUUUCCUAGACCAACCGUCUGAUGUAGAAGAAUAGCAUUCUAGGUAACGCAGUGGCUGUUUUAUCAGCUUUAUCAGAAAAGCGUUAGCUCCCUCUUAAGCUAAGAAACCAAGGACACCUUUUUAUCCAUUUCAGAAUUUUCUAAAUGCACAGUUUUAAAAAAAAGAUUCUAAAAGAGAGAGAGAGAUUUAAGUCUUCUUCUUUUUCUUUUUUUUUUGCAAGCACUUUUAAAGAUUUUUCGUUUAAUUUAAAUAUGAAAGAAAAGGUGAACCAUUUGGUCGAAUGUAACCGAACAGGGGAGUGUGUGUAUGUGUGCGUGUGUGUUUGUGAGGGGAAAGUGUGAGGGGGAGGAACAAAGAAAAAUAAAAUGGGUUGGGUGGGAAGACGUGGAUGUUUUAUUUAAUAUAGAAAAAAAGCAAUAAAAAAAACCCCACACACAAAAAAAAGAUUAGAAACUUAAGAAGUCUUAGCACUUUGAAAUGGAACGGGUACUUUGAAAUCACUUUAUCUUAAUUUAAAAGAAAUAUAUAUAUCUAUAUAUAUAUAAAAGAAAGAAACGAAUAUGUUUACACGUUGAAACCAUCUUCUACAGAAAGAAAUUUAUUGUUGUUUGUUGUUUUUAUUAAAAUAAUUCCUAAAAUUGAAUUUAUUUUUGUAAGAGAAAAAACAAAACAAAUGUAUAUAUCUAUCUAUCUUAUCUAUAUAUUUGAGAGAGAGAGAGAGAGAGAGAGAGAAAGAAAGAGAGAGAGAGAGACUUAAAAUGAAAUCCACCGUUUUGGUUCGUGGAUUUAGACCAGAAGCAAAGUGAAACGUAAAAAAAUAAAAUAAAAUCGGGAGGACUGAAGUUAAUUAGAUUCUGUGACACAGCAAAUUUUAGAGAAAAAAGUAGCCCUCGGAAGUGAUUUGCACUUCGGAAAAACGCAAAAUACAAAAAUGGAAGCUUGAAUUUUUAGGCAGGAAUCAUUGGGUUAUUUUGUGUAUGGUUUCUCCACCCCAGCCCUCUUUUUUUUCCCUUUCCCCUUUUUAUGUCUUACUGCCAGUGCUGGCCUGUACGUUUUCUAAUUGGUUUUCCCCUCAUCCGGCACAACCAUCAUUUCCAGGACCACCACCCUCAGGUGAGGAGAUUUCGAGACCUUGGUUCCAACCGCCCCAAAAUCUGUUUUCAAUCGGGUUCGGGGCUCCAUUCGAUGGGUGACAUCGCAACUUGGCUCAUAUUUGUGCCAGCUUUCCUUCCAAAUGCUUUCCCCCCGGCUCUUGCACACCCACACACCCAAAAAAAACCCCUCCAAAUUGAGAACAAUGAGCUUUUAAGAGCGGUUGGUUUGAUUUCCAAAUUCGAUGUCCUGUUUCAUUUGCCAUUCCUCAACUCUCGCCCCCCCCCCAUGUUCUUUGGGUUAGCCUCGCUCAUCCCUCCUUUGGGAGAACAGGGUUCCGAUCCACGUUUGGACCUUCAAAGCUGAUCAAGACCGAAGCGAAUUAAGGGAUGCAGAGAGGGGAGGGAAGAGCCCGUUUCCCCAUGGAAUAUGUGUGGGUGUGAGCCUGGUUUUCAGGACUCAGAGAAUAAAAGAUCUCCACUUCCCCAGCCCAGGGGGAAAGGAGAAGGGGGGGAAGAGCCAAUUUGGGAGCCGGCAGGAAAAGUCUGGUUGGGAAACAGUGGUGAAAGAUACCCGAAAGCUGGUGAUCCGAAGGCAGCGUUCAAUGCUGUGUAAAACGGCUUCCAUCUUGGUUUCAUAGUUUGGGACUGGGUGCAAAGUCCAUGAGGGUCUUGAAUUAGGAGCACAUCCCGUUUUAAGCCGUGACUCCGCUUCCGUAACCACUCUUGCAAACGGGCAGAAAAAAAACUUUUCAAGGGUGUGUUUCUGUUAUAAAACAAAAAAAAAACAAAAAAAAAACCCCUGCAAAUCAAAUGGCUUUUUAAAAAAAAUACCAACAGCAAAUUUGUUGGACAAACGCUGCUUUGGGAUCUUUCCAUCGUUUUUAUGGAUCCGGCCCAUUCAAAGCAAAUUGGAGGAGGUCCUGGCACUUGGAUGGUUGUGGCCCCAUCACCGACCCACCCCCACCCCCCAAAAAACCCAUAUUUCUCUUCCAUAGAGAACCUCGGCUUAGCACUGACUUAAAAAUGAUUGCAUAUGCAAAAAUUAGCGUGGACUUUGUAAAUAGAUAGAUACAUGAGAUUCUUUAUUGUAAUCAAAAGUUGUGGUAUCUCUACCAGUUUGUUUUACACCUUCUGUUUCCAUGACUGUUUAUGUUUUGUGUGUAUUUCCCCCCCUCUCUCCGCACCCCACCCCCUCCCCAUCCAAAAUCUCUCUCCCCACUUCUCAAGCCACCUAACAACCAAUCAGUAUCCAAUAUUCCCUAGCUCCAUCAGUCAGUGCAAAAGACUUGUUUUAUUUUUAUUUUAUUUUCUCUCUCUCUCUCUCUCUUCAAAGUCAGGGUGUUUUUGAACCAUAGGAACAAGGAAAAAAGGGUGGGUUUUGUUCUUUGGGGUUUAAUUUUAUUUUGGGACACCUAAGAAAUAGCAGCCAAAUCCCUCUUCUCCCCACAACCACCACCUGCCCCCCCACACAGCAUAUUUCCUCCCAGCAUCUCUUCAACCCCAGCAUGCCUUGUAAUCCCCAAGGGGUCCUGUCCUGCCCGGAAAAUGGCAGAAGACCAGGUGGAAUUGGUCUGACCAGUUCUAAAAUCUGUGUCCAGUCCCUGUGAGCAUUUGAGGCUGAGAACCGGGGGGCCCCCUUGCUGUGCACUGCUCUCUCUCCCCCCCCCAAUAGUUAGCCUUUGCACAAACCGCUAUUGCAAGCUUGGGCCCCGAGGAGACGCCACAAUAUAUAUAUAUAUUUUUGGCUUGCCCGGCAUCCCCGUACAAAUCCCUCCCAAGCAUGACCCUCUCCGUAUCCCUCUCACCUCCUCCAUCUCAAGAGUUUCCUCCCCAUUUCAGUCUCUGCAGAGCUUCUGCCGGGGGGGGGGGGCACCUCCUGCGGCCACCUCCUCAAUGCUUGACCAAUGACCGCUGGCUUCAACCGCCACCCCCUCUUUCCCAAGGAGUCCUGCGAACUGUACGUAGUUCUGUGUUAGGGGAAAGGCCAACAGGGGGGGUUGGGGAUAUCUCUUCAAGGGAACGUUCUCAUCACCCUCGCCCAAACUACAGUUCCCACGACCCUUCGGAAAAGAAAGCGUGGCCGUUGCGGCGGAACCCAUCGGUUGGCUUCGCCGCCUAUAUACCUGUCCUGAUCCCAUUAAUUUUAUUUCUUUUUUUUUCAUUUUCCUGAGCAGAGAUACCGCACCUUGUUUGUUAGAUGAACUUCCGCGCACCCCCCCUCUCCCCUCCCCGCCGCCCUCAAAAGGGUAAGGGGGCGCGGAACGGGGUCCGAUGUUCGUUGCUUGGUGUGGGGGCUAAGCUUCGAGCGAGUGAGUGCUGGCAACACUUUAACACAAGCCUUUGAAGCGUUUGCACUAAAAAUAAAAAUAAGAGAGAGAGAGAAAAAAAAACGAGAGAGAGAAAAUUAUGUACCUUCUCCGUGUAGGGAGGCCUUGACCUCUGAAUACAUUUUGCCUUAACCUUCUUAUUCCUUCUUUGUACAAGUGAUCACACACACACACACACACACACACACACACACACACACACACGGACAUCUCUUCGCAUGCAAGGUUUCUCUUCCUCGAAUCACAUACUGUAUAUAAGGUGUUCGGAUUUUUUUUUUAAAAGAAAAUAUUAUUUUUAUUAUUAUUUUAUUUUUUUAAAAAAGAUGCAGGUUGUGAUAAAGUGUUGCCAAAGAAACUAUUGGUUAUAUUACCGUAUUUCAGGAAAAAAAGAAGAAGGAAAAAAAAACCUAAUGCUUCUAAACGACAGCAGCGACAAAAAUAAUGAUGAUGAUGAUAAUACACAUAACAGACAUGUUUCCCUUAUUGGCUGGGCUGUUUUCGUGUUUUUUCUGUUUUUGAAUUUCACGAUCCAAAAAAAACUUAAUUUAUCAAAUGUUAAUUUCAAGUGGUUGAAGCUGUAUUUUUUCAGGGCAUGUGUAUGUCUUCUACGUCGGCACCUUCUCUAAUCCUUCCCGCCUCCCUUCCAUUGCUGUCCUGCUGACUUCCAGCCAUUGGAGUUUUAGGAAAAGCCGAGUUGCUUGCAAAAUGUCUGUGGGGGAGCCUCCAUGCAGAGACAUCUUUGUAAAUGAGUGAAUUCCAUUGCAAAAAAGAAAUCAAAAGGGGGGUUGGAAAUAGUUCUAUCGAAAGUCUAUUUGGCCCAAUAAUGACCGAAGGGGUUUCAGUCUGAGAAGCGAGAGCUUUUUGCAACUCUCUGCGGGAUGCAGGGCGGAGGGGGGGGGGCGUUGCUGCACAGAUUUCCCGCUUCCUGCCGACCUGGAAGGGACACACAGACCCUCUCGUUGCCGUUGAUCCUGUGACAGCCGUCAAUCUUUCUGUUUGCACCUUCCCACCCCGCUGUAUAAGCUGCUUUUUUGACAAUUCUUCCACUGGCAAGCUGGCAUUGGCUGUUUCUUGCAAACCCGUGUCGUUUGUGUGAAUGUAAAGUGGACCAAGGUGAGGUGGGGCGGGGGAGUUUCGUGGACAUGGGAAAGGGGCAGCUGCAUUGUCAAGAGGCGUUGCAGGAGCAGAGGGGGAGACAGAUUGCCACCCUCCACCCCCCAGCUAAGAUCAGAAGUGGUAGAUCUCUAGGGCAUCUGAUCUAAUUUCCGAAAUAAAUUCUUACCCUCUUUGGCUCAGGCCGUGAGGUUCUCCGUACUGGGGCCCACCUGGAAGGGAACCUCUGCAACUGGGUUGGCCUGCUAAAAUUGAUUGCACCCCAGAGUGAGGAGUUGGUGGGAACCUACCGUCAUGAAGUUGGGGGUUCCCUGGGUUCCCACGAACUCUUCCUCGCCAACACUUGAGUUUCCAUGUGUUGGGUCCACCUUCUAGCAAACCCCGUUGGUUCUUAAGUGUUCCUCGUCUCCAAAAAGGAGACCUCAGUUGGCGAGACCUUUUGAGAAUUUGCUGGUCCAAGUGGAGGAGAGAUGGAGAGAGGGACCUGGGCCCAGUUGACGCCGGCAUUUUGCCAAUUUCCUCCUGCGUGGAGGAGAAAAAGCAGGUUCUCAAAUUGCGGCAGAGAUGACCUGGCCGCUUCUUGCCCGCCCCUUGCCCGUGGUCCUGAAUUUUCGGAGAGGGCUUUGGUUUGGCUAAGCUGUGCCCACCCCCACUCCCUGCUCGCCUCAGCCCAAACCCACAAAAAAUAAGAAGCCUUAAGCAGAAAAGGAGGAAACAGCGUCUUGAAAAAUGUCUUAAAGACUUUCCUUCUUUUGCACUAACGCUGACCCGUUGAAUCCAAUGGGGGAUUAUUGUUCUGUUGCACUUUAAAAAAAAGAGAGAGGAAAAGUUGGAGACUGUUUGCAAAAAAAGAAAAGGGCAGGGACUUGAGAUAUGUGUGUUUUUUUAAUUGGGGGUGUGUGUGAAUUGAUGUACGGAAAGGGAUUGUCUGCUUUAGGGGGUGGGGGCUUCCUUCUUUAUUCACUUUAGACCUGAUUAUUCUCUCCAGUCUUUGUUUUCCACCUGAGACAUUUCAUAAAGAGCUGUAUGGAAUAGCUGCUUAGGUUUACUGAGGAAGCGGAACAGAAAUGGAGGGUGGGGUUCCCCCCCCCCCCGCCGUUGGUGGCUAAGGUUGCAGGGUGGGUGGGUUGGAGAAUCUUCCAUGCUUCCAAAAAAAAAUUGAUUUGGCCUUAAUUCAUCUCUUCUUCUCCCAUGGCUUCAGUCGAAGUCGUCGGGAAAGGCCUGCCAUGAUUCUUCCGCGUCAGCGAUGCGAGACAUAUAUCGAAAGCCUCUUGCCGACCCCCCCACCAAGUUCUAAGUGCUACCCUAUAAAUGCGCUGCUUUCCCGUCUUCUCUCCAGGUCAGGCAGCCCGACUCUAUUUAAAAAUGAAAUCUAUAGAUCUAUUUAUAUUUUCAACUUAAUGUCUAUAAAUUUUUAAUUUAAGUUAAGAAGAGCACCCCGGAGUGUUCUUGUUGAUGCUGGGGGGGGGGGGGUUGGGGGUGCUGUUUUUUUUUAAAAAAAAAGUUCUUUGUAAGAGCACUUUGCUAGCUUUUUCGCAUUUAGUUCCAUACCCCCUUGAAAGCUCCCUUUUCUCAUCCUUUGGAGAGCAUUGGCGAGAUGCUUCACUGAAGCUUCUCAGAAACUACUGCAUCUGAAGUCAUUCCGCAAGCGGGAACGGCUUCCGCUCGCGAAGCAGAACUUCCCCUCUCUCUACUCCCCCUGUGUGCGCCCCCCAAGAUCCCCCCCCAAUCCACUCCAGAUGGUUUUAGGAACCCACAGAGCAAAUUUGGGGGCAUGCCGGGUGGCGGAGAGGAGAGGGGGGGGCAUUUAAUUGCACAAGCGUAAGCUGUUCCGCUUGUGGAAUGACUUACGAGUGUCCCAACCUAGGGAGAGUUCAAACGUCAUUCUGGAAGCAGGUUUUUUGUUCAUUCUUCUAGACCAGGCACCCCCCCCCCCAAAAAAAACCUUCGGCCCUCCAGAUGUUUUGGACUACAGUUCCCAUCUUCCCCAACCACUGGUCCUGUUAGCUAGGGAUCAUGGGAGUUGUAGGCCAAAACAUCUGGAGGGCUGCAGUUUGGGGAUGCCUGUUCUAGACACCCAAUUGUUCAGGUGCACCCAGAGGUGGGGGGGCCCUAAGGCCCUCCUUGCUGGGUUCAAAACCCCAGCAGCUUCAGGAAAUGUUCAGGGAAGAGGAGGGGAACUGCCUGGUUCAGCAUCCUCUUGAGAAGGGCCGCGGCUUCUCCACCUCUUGUGGUAUGCGAAAGGUAAAUGCAGAGCUUGCGUCCGGUGUCUUGGGCCCCACCUUGCUUAAUAAUUUCUUCCUGCUGUUGUUGCUGUUGCCAUCGUCGUUAGCUAUACAGAGAACGAUCUAGGCAGAGCACUCUAUAAUUUUUUUAAAAAAUCAAAAAAAAUCCAUAUUUUAAAAACGCCGCCACGAACCCUUAAAUGACUAAUUUACUGUUGUCGAACAAGGCAAAGCUAAGCACAGGGGGGGGGGGGGGAGAAAGACAUUCCAGAGAUUGUAUGUUUGAUAAGGGGUUUGCUAGGGGAGGGGGAGUCAGAAAAUUGAGUACAGAAAAAAUAUCUAUAUAUAGAUAGAUAUAAAUAUAUAUAUAAUAUAAAAUGCACUUUUUGCGGGGAGGGGGCUUAAAACAAAUAUAUAAUCAGUGACUUUUUUUCUCCCCAUUCUUGUAUUUUUUUUUAUAAAAAUACAACAACAACCCACUUAUGAAGAGUGUAAUAACCCCAAUGUUGAUUAAGUAUAUAUAGAUAUAUUUCUUCUCUCGUUAUUUUCCUAAGCUCCGGCGGUUUAAAGCUGUUCUGAACCGAAGAUGCAAAGAACGAUGAGAAGCCAAUUUUCUGGUUACAAAGAGCUACUGACCGUGCCCAGUGGGGUUUAUCCAUGUAUGGAUAGUUUUCUUUGAAUGGCUAACCCCUCGGUACUUUUUCAGGAAACUGAUCUCCAAAGCUCCCUUGGAAGUUUGCAUCGCACCAUGGUAUUCCUCAGAGUAAGCCCAUUGAAAUGAAUGGACCCAAGAUAGCCACGUCCAUAAAUGUCAGUGGGUUUCCUCUGAGGAGGGCUAACGUUUGAUGCAGCCCCGGGAGCCAAUGGCGCAACCAUUGGAUCUUGUCUGAAGAGUAAUAGAAACAGCUUGCCAGCUUCUUUUGUGGAGACCCAACUUUUCAACCUGCUUUGGAAACCAAAAGAACCCCAGUUCCCACCAGCCCCAUGGCGGCAGCUUAAGUUUCGGCAACAUUUGGGCAGGGAAGGUCGCAUCCCGGGCACCCUGCUUUGUAGCCAGCUAGGUCCUCCUCAGAGUAGACUCGUUGAAAUGAAUGGACCGAAAGUUAUCCAUGUUUAUUAAUUUCAGUGGUAUCGAAGUAAGAUUCUUUGAGUAGGACUAACAUUGAACACAACCCCUAUACGUACCGGUAUAUAUACAGUGGUACCUCGAAAGUCGUACGGAAUCCGUUCCGGAAGUCCGUUCGGCUUGCAAAAUGUUCAGGAACCAAGGCGCGGCUUCCAAUUGGCUGCAGGAAGCUCCUGCAGCCAAUCGGAAGUCCCGCCAGAUGUUUGGGUUCCAAAGAACGUUCACAAACAGGAACACCCACUUCUGGGUUUGCAGCAUUCGGGAGCCAAAACGUUCGACUCACAAGGCGUUAGGGAGCCAAGGUACAAGGGCGGGGUGGGGGGUGGGGGUUUAAACAUAACAAACCAUGCUCAGGAUCAGAUCUAUGUGCAUUGGGACUUUAGCUUUUUUUUGGCUGUGAUUGUAUGUGGGAGGUCCGGGUAGCAAAACAACAACAACGUGGAUUUGCCUUCAGAAAUAAAGAUUAAAACUUAAGACGUAACCCUUAAAGCACAUUUCCAAAUUAUAUGUUUAAGGCUUGUUUCUUUUUU